GCGUGCGGCUGCGUGUCUAUGUGAAUCAUUACGGGAACCCCGGGGAAGCGUGAGCUGUGUGGGGAAGUUGUCGGCGGGCACGUUUGAUUGCCAAGCAUGUCUUCCAGCAAGAAGAAGAGCCGAGGGAAGGCUGCCUCCUCUCCGGACCCUUCCGCUCACAGCGGACAGCCAUCGCUGCUUAAAGUCACCGACUACUUAGAGAAAGAGGAGGACAAAGUACCAAAGGCUUACAGAUGCUCAUUCGUACAGCUUGGACUGACCAGUAUGAAAUUGGCUGAUCUCUGUAUUGGACGCCCAGUUUUGCUUACCAGCUCAGAUGGGAGGCAAGAGGUGUGCACUGCUUGGCCAGUCAGUGGUUUUCCCUCUGGGAAAGUAGGAAUUGGACCAGCAGCACAGAAGAACCUCAAGGUGAAGCCUGGUGACUCAGUUCAUGUCGAGUCUGUGAAUGGACCUGUGUUACAAGCAGAGGAGAUGGAAGUCACCCUCAGGGAAAGGGAUGCUAAUGCUGUCAAUGUGGAAGAGUUGUCUUCAUUUCUGCUAAGACUUAUGGAUGGGAAGAUUGUUUUACCUGGAAAUCUUAUAAACAUGAGUUUCUUUGGCCGGCCUUGUUCUUUGCAAGUUGCAAGCAUUAAAGGACCCGAUGGGGUAGUGCAGGAACCUUUCUCCAGCAGCACAUAUGACACAACUCUGGAAAAGACCACGGUGGACAGCAGUAGUUUGGACUUGUCCUUACAGCUCAGCUUACUUGGCAUUGAAGAUUGUCAGGGUGAAGCUGUUACCAGUACCCCAUGUAAGCUUAGUGACGUUAACACGUCAUGCCUGUCUCCUGACAAGAAAACCAUGAAUGAAGAGCUGCACCCAGAGGCCUCUCAAAGUCCUGUAAUCUCUGGUACUGGCGACGACAGUCAACCAAUAUCAUGCAGAAAACCUGGAAUUAAAUGCAACACAGAUGUUUUUUAUUAUUUAUCACCACAAACUAAAAUCAGAUGUAAAUGUCCGAAGCUGACUUCCCAUUCAGAAGAUGAUAUUAAAAAAAAAGUGACCUAUGAUAUGAUUGGUGGCUUACACACCCAGUUGAAAGAGAUUCGGGAAACAAUAGAGUUGCCACUGAAACAGCCUGAACUUUUUAAGACCUAUGGAAUUCCUCCUCCACGUGGGGUUCUACUUUAUGGGCCCCCAGGAACAGGCAAGACAUUGAUUGCUAGAGCAAUUGCUAAUGAAGUUGGAGCUCAUGUUUCAGUCAUCAAUGGUCCAGAAAUAAUGAGCAAGUAUUAUGGAGAGUCAGAAGCCAGGCUGCGACAGAUAUUCGCUGAGGCAUCCCAACGGCAGCCUUCUAUUAUAUUCAUUGAUGAAAUGGAUGCUCUAUGCCCAAAAAGAGAAGGGGCGCAAAAUGAAGUAGAGAAGAGGGUUGUGGCUUCUUUGCUUACACUGAUGGAUGGGAUUGGUUCGGAAGAAAAUCAAGGACAGCUUUUAGUCCUUGGUGCAACCAAUCGUCCUCAUUCAUUGGAUCCUGCAUUACGGAGACCGGGGCGGUUUGACAAAGAAAUAGAAAUUGGAAUUCCUAAUUCUUCGGGACGUCUAGACAUCCUCAGACGCACACUUAUUAACGUUCAGCAUCAGCUUUCAUUGGAGGAACUAGUACAGUUGGCAGACAGUGCCCAUGGCUACGUGGGGGCAGAUUUAGUAGCUCUGUGCAAGGAGGCAGGCUUGAAUGCUCUGCGGAAAAAAUUGGGAGAACUAAAUAACCCAUCAGACGGUGAAGUGGCUGGCUUGGUGGUAAUUACUCUGAAUGAUUUCCUGCAGGCGAUGAGUGAUGUCAGGCCAAGUGCAAUGAGAGAGGUUGCAGUGGAUGUGCCAAAGGUAUCAUGGUCUGACAUUGGAGGGCUAGAAAAUGUUAAGCUUAAGUUAAAGCAAGCAGUAGAGUGGCCUCUUAAGCAUCCUGAAUCUUUUAUUCGUAUGGGGAUACAGCCACCGAAAGGGGUCUUACUCUAUGGCCCUCCAGGCUGCUCCAAAACCAUGAUUGCAAAAGCAUUAGCAAAUGAAAGCGGCUUGAAUUUCCUGACAGUAAAGGGGCCUGAGCUCAUGAGUAAAUAUGUUGGUGAAUCUGAAAGGGCAGUACGGGAGAUAUUCAGAAAAGCAAGAGCUGUCUCGCCAUCAAUUCUUUUUUUUGAUGAAAUUGAUGCCUUGGCUGUUGAGAGAGGGAGUUCGGGGGCGGGGAAUGUAGCUGACCGUGUGCUAGCACAGCUGUUGACAGAAAUGGAUGGAAUAGAACAACUAAAAGAUGUGGUAAUAUUGGCAGCUACCAAUCGUCCCGACUUGAUAGACAAGGCGCUGAUGCGUCCAGGACGUAUUGACAGAAUCAUUUAUGUGCCAUUGCCUGAUGCCGCCACUCGAAGGGAAAUUUUAAGACUUCGGUUCCAAAGCAUGCCUAUAGACACUGAAGUCAGCCUAGAGGAGAUGGUGAUGCGUACACAGCAGUAUUCAGGAGCUGAGAUCACUGCUGUUUGUCGAGAGGCUGCACUGUUGGCCCUACAGGAGGACAUUCAGGCCCAGUGCAUUAUGGGAAGACAUUUUGACCAAGCAUUAACUAUUGUUACCCCAAGAAUUCCUGACUCACUUAUUAGGUUUUAUGAGACCUACCAACAAAAGAGUGGACUGCAUAAUUUAUGAGAUUUGUUUUGACUAAUGGAAACCAAACUUUUGAUUAAAUAUCAUUAUUAUAAAAA